AUGACUCCCAAAACGACAGCAGGUUAUGGUAGCGUAGGGUCGGUAGGAUCGCAGUCUGCUCCUCACGGUCCAACGAUAAACGACAGUGAUUUGGAGGCUUCACCCCUCUUAUCUCAACCAACAGAUCAAAAUGGAGGUGUCAAAGAAACACCUCCUUUCCGAGAGAUCGCCUUUCUGUGCUUUGGUCUUUGGAUGAGCAUGUUCGUUUCAGCAGUGUCAGCUACGGUAAUCACCAAUCUUCAGCUGACUAUAGGAUCGUACUUUGAAGCUGGAGAUCUGGUCUCAUGGCUUGGAUCAGGAUAUCUCUUAGGACUGGCUGGAUUGACACCGUUAUAUGGAAAGAUUGCUGAGAUCAUGGGUCGGAGACCAGCUAUGAUUGUAGCAUUUGUAUUAUUUGCUGUCGGUACAUGUUUGUGUGCUGUGGCUCCGAGUAUGGGGUUCCUCAUUUUCGCUCGUAUCGUAUCAGGAUGUGGUGGCGGUGGACUUCUCACUUUGACAGCUGUUGUCAUUUCGGACACCGUCUCCAUCAAAGAUAGAGGUAUAUAUCAGGGAUAUGUCAAUCUCGUAUGGGCAACCGGCAGUGCGCUUGGAGCACUGAUAGGAGGCUGGGUCGCGGACACAUGGGGCUGGAGAUGGGCGUUCUGGAUGCAAGUUCCGCCUCUUAUUUCAGCGUUUGCACUUAUCCUAUGGAAGGUCCAUCCACCAAAGCGAGAGCACGAGCAGACGUUGAGGGAACGUUUAGGAAGAAUCGAUUGGCUUGGAUUCUUCGUUCUUUUGAUCUCAAUCACCACUCUUAUGAUAUCAUGUUCACUCUAUACAUACAGUCUUCCGGGGAAGAACCCUCUUGUCCUACCGUUAUUCAUCGCCUUCCUCACCAGUCUACCGCUGUUGUAUCUAGUAGAACGUAAAUGGGCAUCUGAACCUAUUAUCCCAAUCAAUUUGAUCGAACAGCCUACCCCGGCGCUUAUACUUCUAUCGACAAUUCUCUUGUCCAUGAACGUCUUCGCCAGGUUCUUCAUGUGUCCAAUCUACAUCCAUGUGGUUAAAGGAUUCGGAGGUAAAGAUACAGGACUGCUACUCUUGCCUUCUUCAUUGACUUUGGCUUUGGGUGCUGUAUUCGGUGGAUACUAUAUGAGACGGACUGGAGCAUAUAAAGCUUUCACCAUCUGGACAUCACUAAUUCCUGUUGGAUGCUCACUGUCCUUCCUUUUCUGGGGUCUUGAGACAAGCAUACAUCGAAUCUGGGCCGAGUUGGCUGUGGCAGCAUUUGCAGGGGGUAUCAUCGUAACCAACGUCCUCACUGCACUUGUCGCCUCUGUCCCACACUCUGAAAUGGCAGUCGCGACUUCGGUCCUAUAUUUGAGCAGAGCUAUCGGACAAGUACUUGGCGCGAGUUUAUCAGCAGGAUUGCAGCAGCUGGUCUUGAGCUCCCAAAUUAGAAUGCGUUUCCCGAAUCAGGCUGAGCUUGGAGCAGCAAUAAUCAAAGCUCCCGAACAGACCAUUCCAUCCUUGACAGAGGAAGACAGGCUGGAAGCUCUCUUGGCAUAUCUGACAUCCUUGAAAUCUGUAUUCUGCGCAAUGGUCAUUACAGGACUGAUGAUAACCGCAUUCUUCUCGUUUAUUAGAGCCUAUAAACUCGAUUCUAAGAAGUCAAAGUGA